AUGAAAUAUCGUUCAACUAGAGGAUCACCCAAGCUUCUUACGUUUUCGGAAGCUGUUUUAGUAGGAUUAGCAGAAGAUGGGGGAUUAUUUAUUCCUACAAAUAUACCAGUCUUACCAGAGAAUUGGCGUAAAGAUUGGUCAAAUCUAACAUUUAAUUCAUUAGCACUCGAGAUAUUUUCAUUAUAUAUUCCAUCGGAAGAGAUUCCACGUAAAGACUUGGAACAGCUGAUUAAUAAAUCAUAUUCAACAUUUAGAUCUAAUGAAAUCACACCAUUAAAAAAAAUUCGAGAAAAAUUUUAUAUAUUAGAAUUAUUUCAUGGACCAACAUUUGCUUUUAAAGAUGUUGCAUUACAAUUUCUUGUAUUAGGAGCUACUAGUGGAGAUACUGGUAGCGCGGCUAUUUACGGCUUGAGAGGGAAAAAAAAUAUUUCGGUAUUCAUCCUUCAUCCACAUGGUAAAAUAUCACCGGUUCAAGAAGCUCAGAUGACAACAGUAUUGGAUAAAAAUGUUCAUAAUUUAUCGGUUGAGGGUACAUUUGAUGAUUGUCAGGAUAUCGUAAAGAACUUAUUUGCGGACAACCCAUUCAAUGAAAAACAUCAUUUAGGCGCAGUUAAUUCAAUAAAUUGGGCAAGAAUAUUAGCACAAAUAGUAUAUUAUUACCAUUCAUAUUUUCAAUUAAUUAAAUCAUUAAAUAUUACGAUGGAAUCAAAUGCAGCAAAAGAAAUUCAACUUCAAUUUUGUGUACCAACAGGAAAUUUUGGAGAUAUAUUGGCAGGUUAUUUCGCGAAACAAAUGGGUUUGCCGAUAAAUAAUUUAUUAACAUCAACUAAUUCUAAUGAUAUAUUAGAUAGAUUUUUUAAGAAUGGCAGAUAUGAAAAAUUAAAAAGUGAGAAUGGAAAAUUUGUUAAAGAAACUUUAAGUCCUGCUAUGGAUAUUGCUAUCUCAAGUAAUUUUGAAAGGUUAUUAUGGUACUUGGCUUAUAAUGAUAGUAAGGUUCAAGAAGAAGAUAAAAUUAAAGAAGUCAGUAAAAUUGUUAGAGGGUGGAUGGAAGAUGUUAAGACUAAUCAAAGUUUAAUAGUUGAAAAAUCUAUGUUAGAUAUUGCACUUUGUGAUUUUAAGAGUGAAAUGGUUUCAGAUCAAGAGACGUUGAAUACUAUUCAGAAAUAUUACGCACCAGAAAACAGAGAUCAAAUUUCUUACAUUCUUGAUCCACAUACAGCGGUUGGCGUUGCAGCCGCAGACAGACAGAUUAUCUCACCUAAUACAAUUCAAAUAUGUCUUGCGACUGCACAUCCAGCAAAAUUUUCUCAAGCGGUAGAAAAAGCAUUAGAAAAUUUCAAAGCAUUUAAAUUUGAAAGUAUUUUACCAAAAGAAUUUAUCGGUUUAUUGGAAAAAGAAAAGAAGGUUGUAUUUGUUGAAAAAGCUGAUCCUUCUUUGGUUAAAAAGGUGAUUGAAAAUGAAUUAGAUACUGAACUAAAUUGA